AAACGGGGAAAGGCAGCUCCCCACAGCACUGCCUUUGUUGUUGAGCGCGGCAUUUCAGGCAACAGCGAGGGCAGCAAGCAGCCCUCGUGAGAGUGAUCAGUCUCUACUUUAGGAGGUAACCCAAAAUGCAAAGCAUUAGAAAUUCAAUCUUGUGCCAUGUGAGGAUUGGGACUUCACCACAAACAGGGAAUGCGCUUAGAAGUUUGAGUCGCCAUCUGUGUGCGUCAACAAGCACCAACACUGAUCAGGUUUUGGACAGAGUGGUUGGACUGGUGAAGAAAUUUGAUAAAAUCGAUUCUUCUAAGGUUACAGAAACAGCUGAUUUCCAGAAGGACUUGAGCCUCGAUAGUUUGGACAGGGUGGAGCUUGUUAUGGCCUUUGAGGAAGAGUUCUCCAUUGAAAUCCCCGAGGAGAAAGCGGAUAAGCUCACCUGCUGCGCUGAUGUUGCAAGAUACAUAGCUUCUGAAGCUGAUCAGAAGAGUGCUUAAAGUCGUGAGUCGGUUGUUUUAUGUAGGGUGAACAAGUGUUUCUUAUGUUUUUCAUUUAAUGUCAUUGAGUCAUAUCAUCUAACUUAAAAUGUUGGCAAACCUCAAGGCUGGUUGAUCGAUAUCACAUCUCAUAUUGCAAAACUUAUAUGAUAUUUAUGACACAAAGCCGUGGCCUAUACAACAAAUAUGAGGUUUUGUAGCUUUUACAUGCAUGAUCUCUGUCAUGCUAUGAAUUUUAAAUCUAUGCACACAUGAUUUUUGUGA